AUGUCCGGGAACUUGGGGCCAAAUGGGGCUCAAAUGGAAGCUCUGAAGUUCGACAGCAAAACAUACGUGACACUGUCUGGAGUAACAUCCUUCCUGGUGACAACUGCCGCUUUGUGGACGGGAGCUCCGCAUCGCAUUCUACCGUACAAAUCUUGGUAUCCCUACAACACAUCAACUCUCGCGGGAUUUUGGACUGCAAAUGUGCAUCAAAUUAUCUCACAUAAUUAUGGCGCUUGUAUCAAUGCAGCCUGUGACACUCUGAUAUAUGGAUUGAUAACGCAGAUCUGUGCACAAUUUGCCAUUCUGCAGCAUCGCUUCCACCGUCUGCCCAAGUCACUCACAAGAAUUGGAAGAAAUACCGAACAGUGGGAGAAGAAUGAAAUCAGGAAUUGUGUGAGGCAUCAUCUUCAAAUAUUGCAGUUGAGUUGUUAUGCGCAUGGAUGUAAUCGAAUAUUUGACACCCUGAUAUGUCUACAAUUUUGUAUAAGUUCGACAGUACUAUGUGUCAGUGUCUUUCGACUAGCCCAGAUUAAUCUAUCAAGUCCUGAUUUUCUCCUCAUAGUCAUGUACUUGAUGUGCAUGCUGUUGCAAAUAUUCAUUCUCUGUAUUUCUGGGAGUCACGUUAUGUUCGAGCGCCGGCCCAAUGUUGGCUACCAACGUCGGCCCAAUGUUGGGACAAUGUUGGCAGACAGCAUGGAUGGAGUUGGCUACCAACGUUGGGCCAAUGUUGGGACAAUGCUGGCAGACAGCAUUGAAGAAAUGUUGGCUACCAACGUUGGGCCAAUGUUGGGACAAUGCUGGCAGACAGCAUUGAAGAAAUGUUGGCUACCAACGUUGGGCCAAUGUUGGGACAAUGCUGGCAGACAGCAUUGA